AUGGCAGCCAGCCCUCCCGACAACAAGAGAGGCGUCGCCGAUCUGGAGACGAUGACCACGACAGGACACGGCAACGGACCGCACGUGGAUGGCAGGGAUCCGCCAGGCGGUGGGGCCAUUUCCAAGGCACUCGGUGUGCCCUCGGGCGGCCACGCGUCAUCGGUCACUCGAACGCUGUCGUGCGCCAAUGGCGACGCCCUGGCCUGUCCCGCUUCGGGAAGGGGCGAGGCGCUCGGAGUCUCCCUAGACAGGUCCUUGGAUUUCUCAGCGGAGACGGCGCCCUAUACGCUACUAAUCAUCGACGAAGAGGUGCUCGCCAGUCGCCAUUCGCACCUGGCCACGCAGGCGGAGCUUACAAAAGGCCGUUUCGUCUACGUUGUCAUCGGCGCCAUGACACCCGCAUCGCCGGCCCAGCCUACGAAGGCAUGUACGUUCGAUGUUUCCUGCCCGCCCGGCGCGUCGGUGGAUUCUAUCUUCGACGCGGCGGCGGCCAUUGUCGGCACUGCCGAAUUGUUCUCCGUGCAGCAUCUGGGAGGCAGCAACUUUCAGAUGUCUGUUACAUCGUCAUCGGCCAUGAGCCGAAUCGUCAACGCCGGGGCUCUGACCAUCGGCGGAACAAGCGUCCCCAUCGUCCCGGCGGCCUGUAACGUGCCCUAUUGUGCCCGCUGCGCCGCCUUCGGCCACGACACCGUCAACUGCGCGGCCGGCUGCGGACGCUGCGGAGCGGCCCACGCCACGGUGGACUGCACCCAGCGUCGCAGCUACUCAGCCGUGGCCGGCUGCGGCCAGGACGACUUCCCGGCCUUGACUCCGGCGUCCCAGACUCCGAAGUCCCAGGGCAGGCCUCCUACCACCCCUACUCCCCCUCCUGCGGCGACGGCCGCCACCCAAGGGUCCGGUGACACGCCUGCCCCCGCCGAGCCCCCAGUGACGACCCCGUCCGAGCUCGCCCCGACAUCGCAACAGUCGAAGCCGGCAAGCGCCACCGACGCGAAUUCGAACGCGUCACAGGACGCCGCCGAGGCCGCGCUUUCGAAUGCGGUCCACACCGCAUCUGUGCACGCGCCCACUCCUACCAGUCCCGGCUCAGAGGAAGUACUGGUGAAGGAGGAACGCCCGCGAACGCCGGAACUCUGCCCCAGCCCGCUUCCCAGCUGGAGCGACAUUACGGAGGACUCUGCCUCAUCGUCGGACGACCGCCUCGUCAUCGACGAGGUUGCCCACGACAAAGACAGCGCUCUGCCGCGCGGCCGAGAUCGUCGCCGCGGCACCUCCGAGGAAUUCCGAAAAACCUGCAGCCGCAGUCGCAGCCCGCAUGGCGGUGCCGAAGACGGUAACCGAGAUCUUUCCAGCAGCGGCGAAUCCGGGUCCCCAGGAUCCACUCCAGCAUCGGCAGCGGCGCCCAAGCGGUUACGGAAGGACCUCGUCGCGCUGUCUGACAGCUCGUGCAUCACAUCCGAUACAUCCACGGACUAG